AUGUCAGCCGCGACGAUUCGCUCGGCAGGGGUUGUGAGCUGCUCAGGUCGGGUGAUUGCCUUGCCAGCACAUAUUUCUCUGAAUGUAGUUUCACUUCCACGAGCAGCGCCGUGGCUAGCGACCAAGAUGCACCAAAGAGGUAGCUUGCUCCGGAGCAUGGGACCUGACCAAUUCCAGUCUGCACCUCCGUUAGCGGAUGAGUCUCCGGAGUCUACCACCUCGGCAGAAUCAACGGUAUCCGUAUGCACCUGGGAGGUCUCUGGUCUGAUUAACACCAGCAACUUUAAUGCCAUGGCUGCGCUCGCGUCCGUUGGUAUGAUCGAGACGGCGUAUCUAACCUACGUCAAGCUGUUCAAUGGCCCCCUGGUUUGCCCCACGAACGGCUGCGAAAGUGUGCUCGGCAGUCCAUACGCGCAGCUGUACGGCAUGCCGCUAUCGCUGUUUGGCAUGCUGGCGUACGGCGCAGUCGGCGCUCUGGCGGCUACGUACGUACAACAAGCCAAGGCAAACGCGCCGGCGUCUGUACGGGAAACGACCCUGCUGGGACUUACGGCGGGUGUGGCGGCUUUGGCAACCACAAGUGCCGUACUCAUCCGGUGUCUCGGUCACCUUAGCUGUGACCCUCGGGACAUCACUCACAAGCAAGCAGCUCAAGGCGAGUGGCCGGGGCCCCCUGGGCAGAGUGUUAGGGUAGCUGAGGACGAUCGGACAGCAGGGCAUGACAGGCAGGGUGGCAGGGAGAACGCGCUCAGCGGAGUGGGGGGUGCGCUAGCAACCGCAGCCGUACUUUACGGAGGGCUGCCCAAAGGCUCCAGCGCGGGGACGGUAUACGACGAAAACUUCUUUUUGCCGUACAGGGCUCCGUUGGUGUCCGGUCCCUCCAGCGAUCGUGCGAUCGACCUGGCGAGGCGACUGAGUGCUGUCGGCGCCCGCAUGUACGGCGCCUUCUGGUGCUCCCACUGCCUGGAGCAGAAGGAGGAGUUUGGCGGUGCAGCAAUGGCGGAAUUUCCCUACGUUGAGUGCUUCCCGAACGGCUGGAAGCGGGGCGAGAAGGUGGCUCCCGCAUGCGAGGCGGCCAAUGUGCGGGCCUUCCCCACCUGGGUUAUCGGAGGGAAGACUCUGGAAGGGGAGCUGCAGCUCGACGAGGUGGAGAGGGAAGUGCAACGUGCUGAGGCUGCGGCGGCGACUGCGGCGACGAACAACACGUGACGGCGGCUGCUAGUCACUAGCACGGUGCUGCUGCAGUGGAGGCAGAGUCGCAGGUUGCCUUGGUGGAGUGAUGUGCGUGGUGCUGCGUGGAGUGGGUUAGUUGGGGCUGUAGCCAUGUCAAGAGCUUGAAAAAGGAAGGCGUGACUGUGAAGAUUACGCUACUGCAGCUGUGUUGAGCGAGAAUAUCAUUUAAUUAUGCCAAUAGUAGUUCUUGUGGAGUUUGUAGAAUGAGGUGAUGGAUGGUAAUUUUUCAGGUAGUGGUGGUGGUGGUUAGAUGCGGUGGCUGGGAUUCGGUUGCGGCUGUGUUGCUGAAGCGAUGCGUGGUUAAAGUGCUGUUGAUGGUGGUGGUGGUGCUUGCACACACACACACAAACACACACGUCACACACACAUACACAUACACAUACACAUACACAGAGAGAGAGAGAGAGAGAGAGAGAGAGAGAGAGAGAGUGAAGGACAGACCCGCAGGACGCUGGGUUCCCUUCAGUGGGGACGGGGGGAAAAGACGAACCACACACGAUUGAAGCUGCUGCCAGGG